AUGCCGCGUCCGACGUCUGCUCGGCCCGGGAAACAAGAGGAAGCACUAGCGGCGGCAUCGGACGAUGCAGCUGUGGCAGAGGACGUCACGGGGCUCUCCACGCAGCUGGCACGGACCCACAACACGAUCAUGCGCCGCCUGGACGUCCAGGAGGCGCUCCUGCGGCAAGCACUCUCGCAAGGCCUUCCGCGGUCUCCCGUCUUGCCCCGGCACGUCGAACUCGAGCACUAUCCAGAACGGCCAAAGCCGCAACGUCGACUGUCACGCCGGGACUCUCCAACACGCCGUGACUCUCCAAAGGCGAGUCCGAGCGAGGGCGAGGAGGAGGAAAGGGUUGACAAGAAGUUUUCGGCAAAAGGCUCCUCGAUUGUCCUCACCAGCUACACUGCGGAGGAUCUGGAGAAGAAAGAAAGCGCCGCGCUGCUCCACGCGCAGCACGCCAUGCGUAAGUUCGCCUCCAAGGUCUCCAGAGGUGUUCACCACGUGCAUCAGGGCGCCGACUCGUGCAUGAAGCGCGUGGCGCAACAUCACGCUUUCGAAGGUUUUUUCGCGCUGGUUGUGAUCAGCAAUGCAAUUUUCAUCGGAAUCGACGUGCACCAUUCAGUGACCUAUGAUGGCGAGCGACCGUUCAGCUACAAGGUGGUCCAGUACACCUACACGGUGCUUUUCUGUGGCGAGCUCAUGGUACGCAUGGUGGCCUUAAGAUGGCAGUUUUUUUGGUCAGAGGACUGGAUGUGGAGCUUGCUGGAUGUGUUCAUUGUGGUGACGUCCUUGUGGGAGGUCGCCGUCGAUAUUAUAUCGAUGGUCUAUCAAGAGAAUGGAGGCAUCGACUCAAUCUCAGGGCUGACGAACAUGAAGUCCUUCCGGAUCAUCCGACUCACUCGCCUGCUCAAAACCGUGCAGUUCGUGCGGAUCUUUCGCUUCGUUAUGGCCCUGCGGAUGCUUGUGACUUCGAUCAUCUCCACUCUGAAAGCCCUGUUUUGGGCAUUGAUUCUCUUGGGCCUCAUCGUUUAUGUGUUUGCGGUGUUGUUUACCCAAGCAGUUUACGACUACAACAAUGACAAUAACAUCACGGCGAUUGUUGAUCUGGACGAGGAGUUGGACUUCCUCGUUCCCACACUGGGUGUCCGUUUGCAGGAUGUGAAGUUCUACCAAAGUGCAAGCACUCGCUACUGGGGGUCCUUGGCGAAGAGCAUGCUCAGUCUCUUCAUGAGUAUCGCUGGGGGUGUGAGUUGGGAGGAGGCGGUGACACCUUUAGACAGGAUCUCAAGCAUCUGGACGUUCUGCUUUUUGUUCUAUAUAGCUUUUACGUAUUUUGCCGUCCUUAAUGUCGUGACCGGUGUGUUCUGUCAAAGCGCUAUAGAGAGCGCGCAAAAUGACCAUGCAAUGGUGGUUCAGUCCAUGAUAGAUAACAAGACCGCGCACUUGACAAAGAUCAAAGCGCUUUUCAGCGAGAUCGGUGGUGCAGAAGAGAGUGGCGUGCUCACCAUUGGUGUCUUCGAAGAGAAGAUUAAAACUCCAGCGGUGCGGCAGUAUUUCGAAGCAUUGGGCUUGGAUGUCUGGGAUGCGUGGUCAUUUUUCAAGCUGCUCGAUGUGGAUGGAGGUGGUGCCGUCGAGAUCGAAGAAUUCUUCUUAGGAUGCUUAAAAUUCCGGGGUGCCGCCCGGUCGAUGGAUGUGGGUAAGAUCCUCCAAGAUCAGAAAUGGAUGAUCAACAAUCAAGGCAAGUUUCAGGAAUACCUCCAAGAAGAGCUUUCCUUCGUUAAGGAGGAGUUACUGCUUCUCAAUGACGCCCUUUCCGCCAAAGGCGGCGAGCAGUCGACCUCAUUGGAGCCUCAGUAG